AUCCUAGUAAGGUAUAUAAAAGAUCGUAGCAUCGACCGUCUUAAGCACAUUCAACAAUCGAGAGAGUGAGUCAACAAGAUGAAGAUCCUUAUAAUCUCCUUGGCAUUUUUGGCUGCUGCUUCUGCCGCACCGGCUUAUGGGGGUUACGGUGGUCACGGUGUUUACGGUGGACAUGGAAUUUACGGUGGCUACGGUGGUUUCGGUCAUGGAGCCUAUGGCGCUCAUGGAGUAGCAAUUGGAGGACCUGUUUUGGGUCCUGCCAGUAUUGCCGGUCCUCACAUUGGACAUUCAUCUCUCGCUGGUCCUGCCAUUGGACCAUCUCAUCUUGCUGGUUCUGUUGCUGGUCCAGUGCACGUAUCAGGUGCCGUUGCAGGUCCAGCUGUUGUAACAGCGUCGGUUGCUGGUCCAGCUCACGUUGAACAUUACGGUGGACCCUAUGAUGGCAGCUAUGUUGAUGGAGGAUUCGGUUAUGGUUAUGGAGGUCACGGUCAUGGAGCUGGAAUUAUUGCUGGUGUAGGACAUCAUGGAGCAGUUUUCCAAGGUCCAGCUUAUCAUGGAGCUGUUUUUGCUGGUCCUGCAACGCAUGGUGCAAUUCUCACUGGUCCAUCAUCACAUGGUGCAGUAUUGUCUGGACCACAUGCUGGUAGUGCUGCUGUUUCUGGACCACACGCUGGUUCCGUUGUUAUUGCUGGUCCAUCUGGAAAAAUUACAGCUCAUGGUAGCGGUGUUGGAGCCAUUCAUGCUGGUUAUGGUCAUGGACAUCAUUGGUAAAAAAAAAAGAAAGAAACCAGUAUUCUAUAUAGUAAAAUAGAAAACAAAAAAAAAGACUUAAGUGCGAUUCACUAUAAUUAGCAAAAAUCAUCUUUGAUAAAAAAAAAAAGUAUAUAUUUCUUAUACUUUCUGUUAAAAUCUGACAUAUCCGAGCAAAUGCAUUUAUUAGUUAUGUAUAAUUCUAUAUAAUUAGAGAAUAUUAACAAAUUGUAAAGAUUUUUUUUUCCUUUAAGUUUUGCUAUAUGAUGUAUGUGAUUUUAAUGUAUGAUCGAAUUUUUCAGUCAAAAUAAAAAUUAUCCUUUUUAUAAA